AUGUCCCCAGUCUUGCUCCGCAUUCGUGGAGAAAGAGGAAGAAACGGCAUCAUCCCGCAGCAAAACAUCCUGGUAGACUACGGCGUGGCGAAGCGCAAAGGAGAGACGCCUGGGUCCCGAAUAGGAAGCUGUCCCACAAAGGUGACAUUCUCGACGCCAGGUCGGGAGAAAUCGCGACUUCAAGACAAUGACCGAGGCUCUUCGCUGGUCGGAAGAGCGAUGAGUGGUUCUGCGGUCAAUAAGUCAAAGUUUAUAGACGUUUUCUUUCAGAAGCGCGGAGAGGAUGUGGAGGAGCAGAUCGUUUCUGGAGUGCCGUUGUGGGGCACUCACAUGGCUUCGGAGGCCGAGGCGUUCGACAGAAAGAAAUGA